AUGAAGCUUUCUUUUGUCCUCAGUGGGCUCGCAUCUAUCGUGACUCUUGCUACAGCCGCACACAUCAUGCAAGAAGCUAUCGCGAAACGGUCCUAUACGGAGCAGCGCGACCUGCUGCCAAAUGCUGAGAAGCGCGAGGAACUUGAUGCUAACGACUUCAAUUACUUUGAUUACUGCACGUGCCCUUAA